AUGAUUAAAGCCAAGGCUGUCUCUGCUUUAUUUUUGGCAGCAAGUCUUCCGUGGGGAUUUAGCUCUCCUGUACAUCAUUCGCAUCCCCGGCUUGACCUUGUAGCUCGAGCAAAGUUUUCGCAUCACAAGGUCUUUACCUUUGCAAACAACACCAUUCCAGUGGGUCUGUAUGCUACCGACAAAGGAGCAGAUCCCAAAAGCGUAUCAGUCAAGCAUGGAUACCUGGUACUUACUGUUCCAGGCACGGACACGACGUGCUAUACGAAAUACAAGUCAGAGGUAAUCACGACCGUAGACAACAUAUUCUAUGGAAGUGUGCGUACCGUCGCAAUCCUCGCUGAGACUCCUGGUGUCUGUAACGGAAUGUUCUUUUACAAGUCUGACUCCCAAGAGACGGAUAUCGAAUGGCUUUCCGACCGUAACAACAGAUCGGACAAUGGCACACAUCAUAUUUGGUUCACAAACCAGGAUAACAACGGCGACGGCAAGGCCACGACCUUUAAAGUGAGGCCGCCUAGAAAUCCUACGAGGGAAGAGCACGAAUACCGCAUUGACUGGACGGAAGAAGGUGUCAAAUGGUUCAUUGAUGGCGUAAUGCAGGCGAAAUCGAGCACGAACGUUCCGAACGUGCCGGGUUAUUGGCUCUGGAAUAAUUGGUUUAAUGGCAACAUCAAUUGGUCGGCUGGACCUCCAGCUUCAGAGGCUGUGUUGAGAAUUAAAUCAAUUGAUAUGUAUUACAACACUGCAUGA